CACUGUGUUCAAUUGUUGCCAAUCAAUCAUAUUUCAUAAUAGUAGAGAAGUCAGACAACCUGCCAUUAUAGAAGAUUUGUGUCUUAUAUGUCUGUUUUCUUUCUCUCAGUGUCUCACCUGCCGAAGUUCCCACAGGUGUAUGUUGGAGAUGACGUCACUCUGAUCUGUAACCAUAAAGGAGGGAGUAAACCAACAAAAUGGUUUAUUAAUAAAACACCACAACAAACACACGAGGAUUAUUCAAUGCUUCUUAUUGCAGUAACACCAGAAAACAACGGGAAGUAUGAAUGUGAGCAGGCCGGAUCGAAGAGUGAGCCGUACACACUCACUGUACUGGAGCUGGAGCCUCUCGCUCAGCUCUCUCCAUCUGUAGGAGGUGCUGUGAUGACCAAAGGAGAUGGAAGAAACCUGGUGCUGCAGGCGGACGAUGAUCUGAAGGGCUGGGCUUGUUUUGUGUUGAGGGGAGUGAGCACCUUCAGUCUAGGACUCGAUGUUGAUGAGAAGAUGAACAGAGCUGUUAUAUUUGCAGAAUUAAAGGAGGCAGAAAGAGCCACUUUCUGGUGCAAGAAAAAGAAAAUAGAUCUUCGAAGCAAUGCAGUGACGCUGAAAAUGACAGAGCUCAUGGUGAUGUUGGUUCCUCCGGCCGUUCCUGCGCUGCAGGGGGAGCCUGUGGCUCUCAGGUGUGUAGUCUGGGGUGGACCGAAGCUGGAACAGGCCGUCUUCUAUAAGAAUAAAACAGAAAUCAAGAGCUCAUCUGAAGGAACAUACAUCAUCACCAACGCCACACAAAGUGAUAACGGCAAGUACAGCUGCCACGCCACCUACAGGUACAGCCACAUCAGUGCAGAAGCAGCACAGAAGCAAGGAGAUUCUGAUGCUCAGGAGUUAAAAGUUAUAGGUGGACCUCCUGCUGCAGUGAUUUCAGUGUCUACUAACAGUCUGCGGUGUUCCUGUCCUCACUGUCCUGCCAGCUGCACGUCCUACCACUGGUAUCACACACUCUUUAAUGACCCAUACACACGCAGAAAACUAACUGAAAACGACGAGUUUAUUACUGUACAAGAUGAAGGACUGUACAGCUGCCGGAUGGACUGCGGGAAAGGUUUCUCCCGUUUCAGCAACGACUACAGCUACGCAGCACAACCAGUGGAGUUCGGACGCAUGUGGUACAUACUGGUCGCAGCACUGAUUUUGUUUGUGAUCAUCAUCGUGCUGAUCGUUGUGCUGAAGUACAGAAGAUGUGGAAGAAUGGAUAUACAAGCACCUGGACGGGAUGCAGAUCAAGACAGGAUGAUGAGUGUACACUAUGUACAUUAAACAGGCGAGCAAAGAGAAAGAAUGAGGGAUCCUUGAAGAAAAAGAACCACAUUAAUGUUAACUAAUAGUCAAAUGGCUUUUUAUUAAUCUAAGGUAAUGGAGUUUUCUAUAACUUUGCCAAUAGUUAACAGUAGUUUAACACCAGUUAUGAUUAAUGCAAUAGAGGUUACAGCAUAAUGAUCAAUGUGAGAAAGAAGCAUCACCAUUGGGAUUUGUGAAAAUGCUUUAAAGGAAAGUGAAGUGACAUGUGGCCAAGUAUGGUGACCCAUACUCGGAAUUAGUGCUCUGCAUUUAAC